CUUAGAUCAAAUGCGGGGAAACAACACAACUCAGGCUCAGAACCAGAGACUGGGGAUUGAUGAGACGCAAGUAGUGAUUCUUGUGGCCUCCAUUGUCUUACAAAACAAUCAUCUUUUGUGAGAUACGUAUCUGCCAUGUUUUCAAUUUGCUAUUUUCUGGUUGUUGGAUGUCUCCUCAACGUGCUACCCACUGCCUUCGCAGCCACUUCUCUCCUCUUAGCAUCUCACUUCAACGGUGCAAUUUUCACGCUCUCCUUGGAAACUGAUACAUCAGGUGACAACGGAAAACUAUCUCUCGUGUCUGCCUCUGGAGGCUGUGGUUCCACAUCAACAUGGUUACAAUACUACUCUGAUACGAGAGCCCUCUACUGCUGGGACGAAUCAUGGCAAGAUUAUGGCACGAUGGCAGAGUUCAAUGUCUCGGUUGAUGGAAUUCUUACUGUGUCCGGUCAAGCGAGAACGACGGGGAAUGAUGUGCAUGGGAUUUUGUAUGGUGGGCCCAAGGGGAGGAGUUUCAUUGCCAGUGUGCAGUAGUAAGUCUCCUCUUCUGCUUUUUGUUUUUGAUAUAUUGUGGCAGUUUUUAACUUAAGAUAAUGGUAAGAUAACGGUAAUGUCUAACUCAAUAAUCAGUUCCCCAUCAACACUCACAACCUACGCGCUCCCUCUAAAACCCGGCCCUGAUGCACCCUUUACCGUCCCUCUACAACUGGAAACCUUUACAAUCCCCCAACCCGGCCCAGAUCCACGUCAAGAUAGACCACAUCCCCAUCAAACCAUCCUCGACCCAACAGGAAAAUUCAUCCUCGUCCCAGAUCUAGGAGCCGACACGAUCCGCAUCUUCUCCAUCAACCCCACAACCGGAUAUCUCACCUCCUGUCCCGGUGCCGCAACAGCUCCAGGCGACGGCCCACGCCACGGGGAAUAUUGGAGAGCCAAAGUCGACGAGAAAUCAAGAGAGGAAGAGGGAUGGACAUUAUUCACCGUGAAUGAACUAGGGAAUUCACUUUCUGCCUGGGACGUCACAUAUCCCCUCCUAGAUUCCAAUGCAACAUGUCUUUCCCUAUCUCACAAACAAACCAUUUCGACCUUCACUCCGGGCGUCACGCCGCCCUCUACAACAUACAACGGCCAGCUUCUCCCGCCGAAAGCUGCGGAAGUACAUACGUUCUCCGAUUCUCUGUAUGUCGCGAAUCGGAAUGAUAAAACGUUUGGACCGGAGACGGAUUCCUUGGUUGCCUACAAGAUUAGCGAGAGAGGGGAGUUGGAGUUUGUGGCGAUGGGGACUAGUUAUUCUUUCUAUCCCAGGAGCUUCAAUGUUAAUAAGGCGGGGACUUUGGUUGCGGUUGGGGGACAGACUAGUAGUUCGGUGGCGAUUGUGGAGAGGAUGUGGGAUGGGAGGUUGGGGAAGUUGGUUGCGAGGUUGGAGGUUGGGAGUCUGGGGACUUAUACUAAUGAGGAUGGAUUGAGUAGUGUUGUUUGGGUUGAAUAAAAGUCGGUGAAAUGAGGAGGCUGUUUACGUAGGCAUGAUAUGGAAUGAAUUAAUUUAAAAGCAAUGCUUGUGGUGGUUGACAUUG